UUUUAUCAGAUAGGGAAGCGCCCCCUGAGAUGCCCAUCGUGAUCGACCAGGUGGCCCUGAAGGACAUCCUGGGGCCGCCGCUGUUUGACAUGGAGGUCUCCGAGCGGCUCACCCUGCCCGGCGUGGCCUUGGGCCUCGCCUGGACGCCGCUCGGCGGGGAGAUCAUGUUCGUGGAGGCCAGCCGGAUGGAGGGGGAAGGUCAGCUGACUCUGACGGGUCAGCUGGGAGACGUCAUGAAGGAGUCGGCUCAUCUGGCCAUCAGCUGGCUGCGGGCGAACGCCAAAACCUACCAGCUCACCAACCUGGUGGGGGGUCCGGAUCCGAUGGAGGGGACGGAUAUCCACCUCCACUUCCCUGCAGGAGCCGUCACCAAGGACGGCCCCUCUGCCGGCGUCACCAUAGUCACCUGCCUGGCGUCUCUGUUCAGCGGCCGGUUGGUCAGAUCCGACGUGGCCAUGACGGGAGAGAUCACGCUGAGAGGGCUGGUGCUGCCGGUGGGCGGGAUCAAGGAUAAGGUCCUGGCGGCACACAGAGCCGGAGUGAAGCGGGUCAUCCUACCCAAGAGAAACGAGAAAGACCUGGAGGAGCUUCCGGCCAACGUCCGAGCCGACCUGGACUUUGUGGUGGCCGGAAACCUGGACGAGGUUUUGAACGCCUCCUUCGAUGGCGGUUUUCCAGGGAGAAGCAGCGUGCGCUCCCCUCCUCAGCUCAGCAGCAAGCUGUGAGGAUGUUCAGAGAGACCUCUGACGCAUUCCUCACUAUAGAAACUAGUCGUCCUCCCAGUUUAUAGAUAAUGUGAGAUAGCUGGAUGCCGUCAGAUCAGCGUCUUUAUCCGAGCCGGUCCAGAUUGAUGCAGGAUGUUCUGCAAACCUUCUCUAUAACAUUUUCCCUGCAGCCGUCUGGCCAUCAUUUUCGAUUAACUCGGUUUCACUGGUUUUGUUUUAUUCUAAUAAAGAAGAAUCAACUAAUCUAAAUUAGAUUCCUGCUAAAAUCACCGAUUAGUGAUUGGACGGACGCUACUGUGUCCUGUUGCACAAGCCUUUAACAAAUAAAGUGUUAAAAACA